UUUUGGCUCAAGCCAUUGUGAUUCAAGCCAACUUCAUGUUAGGACGCAGCCCCCCACACGCGCUGUUGCACGCCCCAAGCAUGUCUCCUGGUUGCGAUGUCUGCCGCUGUUUCUGAGUGUGACUUUCUGCAUGGUGUUCCGCCGCAGUGUGACUAAGCUUGCCGAGCGACGCGCCCGCGCCAUCGAGCGUGGAUUUCUACACCCUAUUUCCCUGGGAGUUCGCCACGUCGCCAUCCCUCAGCAUGUGGCGCCAAAUGCACGUCGCGUUUUUCGUGGGCUCAGCUUUCAUCGUGAGCUUCAACAACUGUCAGGCCAGCGCUCGCACUCGCUGCGUCAGGCCAUCCUCGCCGCAGGGAGCAGCUCAGCAACUCAGAGUUCAAGGAGUACCUCCGUAAAACACGAACUACGGCAAAGCCAAGCACCGCCUACCCCUGCAAACGGAUUCUGUGGUUGCUGAUUCGCCAGCCGGGCGCACGCUGCAGUUGGCUGAUCAGCUGUCGCCGCCCAGCACACUCCGGGGAGGUCGUCCGCACCAACCACACGUCCUACUACGACCCGCCGCUCAUCCACUACAUGCUCGGCCGCCGAUCGUCUCCUUGGGCGUAUGCAUGAACGACGACUUGCACCGCAUCGCCAGUUUCAUCCAACGGCUACGGGACACAGGGGAGCUCGAGGAAUCGUCCCUAGUCCUAUACGGCAUGGUGCUGGUCCUCUUCCGCCGCCUGGUCAAUCGGACCGCGAAUUCGAAGAACGUGCUGCUGCGGGUGGCUCGCAUGAACUGCAUAUCCAACCUGUUUGCGUUGCCGAAGUGCGUGCGCUGUCGAGUGUGGACAUGAUGGCGGUGACCGUCGUCCUGCUGGUGAUCGUGCCCCUCUGACGUGCCGGUCGUUUCCUGAAGAUCGUGAGCCUGUUGUUGGGGUUCCCCCUGGCGCUGCUGCUCGUACUGACCCGCAUUGGGACAAAGGGUCCUGCCGAAAUUGUCCACGCCACCCGAAAUUGUCCACGCCACCGCUCCUCUUCACGUGCCAGAAGCUGCUGCCGACGUGGGCGCACAUCCUCGUAUCCAUGUCCUUCCUGGCCCGCAUGGCGCCGCCGCUGAUGCUACAGAAGCUGAACGUCGCCUGGUCGUCCUGCCAGCCGACGCGGAGCAGAUCACCAAUCACACCACGCACUCGGAGGCUGAGAAGCUCAUGCAGCACGAGGCCGCAUGGGUUCAGGUCGUGGAAGCGCGGCGCCGCCUGCUAUACGACAUGUUCCACUUCCAGCUUGGGCAAUCUCCUGGUACCCAUGUCGACUCUGACGUGAGUUGUGAAUCUCUGCCCUGGUUGAAGAGGUGGCUGGCGCCGCCCCUCCCGAACAAUAUCCUCCUGAAGCUCUGAUCCUGGAGCCGCUGCCGCUGCUCGCCCAGCCCGCGUUCUGCAUGUUGAUGCUUGCGACGACCAUCCCGAAGGCGAUUGGCAUGAAUGGGCUGAACCUGGUGCCCCGUACCUUCGCUGUUCGGCUGACGCCGGCCUUCCCGAACAACCUCUUCCAGAUGCUGUUUCAUUUCUGCAUGCUGCGGCUGGCGAGGGGCACGAUUGGACUGUUCCUGGCGCUCUUUACCUUCGCCGCUUUGAUCUCCUCCAACUUCGAUGCUGCUGCUCGUCUCUCAAUGGCCUGGCAGACGAAUUGGUAUGCCCCGCUUCGGAGCUUCCACAUGCUGAUUGUGCCGUUCUGCCGCUCGGAGUGGCGGGUGAUGCGCGUGACGCUGAGGCACCCGCCGCCCGUCAUUGUAGCCCAGUGCCCCACACCUGGCACGCUGUCGCUUCCUCUCAUUUCUGUUUUUCCUGUCUUUUCUAACGCUCCCGAGCUAUAUCCCCCGCACGAUCCCGAAACUGAAGCAAACAGCCAGCGCUCGACCACGCAGCGCUGCAAUAGCACUACUACAUAGGUAGAGGAGUUAGGCCCGAGCGCGCAGAGACAGAGACACAUCUUUGCCCUCUUCUCGCUCGUGCUCGUGACCGCCUGCCCUCUUCCUUUCUCGGAGUAUCCAGACUCCUCCU